UAAUCCGUCCGUGUAAUCGAUCUGUAAACAAAGAAAUGGCGCUGCAGUUGAACUUUAACGCUAUCCGAAGCAUGCGAAGUGUUUGGAAGAAUAAAGUUGUGAGGCAGCAUUGUAUGAAACGGUUAGAUUUACUGGAAUGCAGUCGAACUGCUGGUAGUAGAACUACUAGUAGAAGUAGCAGCAGCUUGCUCUAUGACUAUGGUACUACUAUUGACAUGAUGAUGACUGGCACUGGCCGAUGCUACUCACCAUGCUCACUACCAUUAUCAACAUCAUCAGCAUCAUCAUCAACCGUCAGUUCUAACAACACACUUGAUCACAAUGAUCUUAGUGUCCGUUACUUGGACGGUGAACAUUCAGGUAUUGUUGUGUUUGCGUUGAAUAGACCAGCAGCAAAGAAUUCAUUUAGCAAAAACCUUGUCAAGUUGCUUUCCGAAGCAGUAUCUACUGUGACCUUUGACAAAAAUGCAAGAGUAGUUAUUGUCAGGAGUGAUGUUGCAGGAAUCUUUUCCGCAGGGGCUGAUCUGAAAGAACGUGCUAAAAUGAAACAAAGUGAGGUUGCUCCAUUUGUCAGCAGUGCACGUCAACUAAUAACUGAUUUGGGGGAAAUGCCCAUGCCUGUCAUUGCUGCCAUUGAUGGAACUGCACUUGGAGGAGGACUUGAACUUGCUUUUUCUUGUGAUAUCAGAUUAGCAGCUAGUACAGCUAAGAUGGGUCUCGUUGAGACUAAACUCGCUAUUAUACCAGGAGGAGGUGGAACUCAACGAUUGUCACGCUUAAUAAAUCCUGCCAUUGCAAAGGAGCUUAUGUUUACUGCCCGUGUAUUUGAUGGAUGUGAAGCUGCUCGACUGGGUAUUGUGAAUAGAGCAGUGGAACAGAAUGACGGAGGAGAUGCAGCUUACCAGGCAGCCUUGCAAUUGGCUCAAGAAAUUCUACCACAAGGUCCUAUAGCUGUCAAGAUGGUAAAGAAAGCAGUUAAUAAGGGUAUACAGGUGGAUCUUGCAUCAGGGAUGGCAUUUGAAGAAGCUUACUACUCACAGGUAAUCCCUACCAAGGACAGAAUUGAAGGGCUGACUGCAUUUCGAGAAAAGAGAACGCCGAAGUACACUGGCGAAUAACAAAUUUGAUUUUAUUUAUAACCAAAUAUUUGGUUUCUAUUGGUUUAUUUUUCAAUGAUUGUCCAAUGAUUGUCCAAUGAUUCAAUUUGCAAGACGCAAGCACUAAAUUUCUAUGAAGUUGGAACAUAAUCAUUUGUCUCCAGUAAUUAACCACAAGGGAAACCUGACUGGUUAAGUAUUUAAAUAGUUUGGGUUUAAACUUUUUUUUUUUUACUGGAAUAGGACGUGAACCCCUGUUGGCUCGUUUUUUCUUCUUUUUUUCUCCAUAGUGAUAUUUCUGACAAACGACUCAUUUAGCUUGAUCCAGAUCACAACACAUUUUUUUUGCAUUUAUUUUAAAAUGUUCUGUUAAUGAGAUAACAAUAAGUUUUCUCCACUCUAACAAAUAAUGAAGCAUGAUCAUAAAUGAAGAAAAUAUUAAGAUAAAUAAACCUAAGGAACCGAACUGUUUCAAAACAGUCAGAAUUGUAUAUUGUGAAUCAUUGUUUGUUUAUUUGUUUGUUUCCUUUCAAACCCUUGGAAUGACAUAUUUCUAUUAUUGCAGUUACAACCAUGUAAAAGGUAUCUUUUGGUAAAAGAGCUGUUUUUUUUGUCUUUUUAACUCCCCAACAAGCUUGCUGUAGGCACAAGAUAGAAUGGAAGUGCUCUUCUUACUCAGUAACGAGCAAAUGAGAGCUGUUGAUAGCAAAAAUUGAUUUUUUUUAAAUGUUCUCCCUCAAAUAUUAAAAGAUUUCAGGAAAAACAUGAAACCUUUGUUAGGCACUAAUAGCACCGAUAGUGCAACAAGGUUUUUGUUUCUUUAAAUAUUUUCUUGCAACUUCGAUGACCAAUUGAUCCCAAAUUUCCCAGAUUCGUUAUUUUAUGGCUUAAGGUUUUUGACUUGAAAUAACUGUUCAGUUAGCACUUGCUUUGGGUUUAGGAGUCCUUUCUUUAAUGUCAUACAAAACAUCCUAAAUUACCCGUAAUAACAUAAACAUCAUUCUCUUAUAAUAAUAAGUUUAAGUGUUUACUUUAAAAGACGCUGAUGAAAUAACUAAACUUAUUUAUUGUUUUAACUGUACAGUUAUCUAGACUCAAAUGUACGUUCAGUAAAUUUGUACAUGAAAACCUUUACUAUUGUCGAUUAAUGCUUCUUACUUGUCCAUAAUCUUUAAAACACAAAUUAACUUCUUGAAUACUUGCAUGUACUGUUUUAGUUUAGUGAUUUGAUAUGUUCGUAUGAUUGACCACAUUACAAUAUUUUAAUAUUUCCCAGAUAUAAAAUACCAUUUAUGCAAAGCUUCUACUUUGUGAGCCAGCAUAGAGCAAUUUUUGUGGGGCAAUCCGCCACAAGUCAGCCCACGCUGAGUGGGUCGUCUCCCCCGCAAAAACGCCUCGGUGCCACUCUAAGCCUCAUGAUUAGCACUAAUACUUUUGAAAACUUGAUUACAAUCUGUUUUAUUAUUUGAAUGCGUCGGAACGCCACCUUCCCAAUUCCAAAAAUGAUUGACCUUGUUCUUGCAUAUUGUACAACGUAUGUACGUAACUAACAGCUGAAAUAAACGUUGAAAUAGUACUUGAUGCAUACUUUGCCUCAUAUAAAAUGUGUUACCAACAGUGCCCUUACGAUUGAAAGCAAAUGUAAUGCUUUGUUAAAUCCAUAUUGCUGUAGAAACUUAAUUAGUACCCUAAUUGCCCUUUGGGUGCCAUUGAGUUAGUUAAAAGACUUAGCAGCCCCGGAACCAAUUCUCUGGUAGCAUUUCGGGAGGAAGCGUUAUUGGUUGUUUCUCCGCCCAUGGUGCUAACUUUUUGAAUGACUCUACCUGCAGUCGGGAUAGUUUGUCAGCUAAAACGUUUUCUACCCCCGGUAUGUGGGCUGCUUUAAUCUGAAAGUUGCCUAUCAUUGAUUUAACGACUAAUGUACGAACUAGCACCAUUAUUUUAAUGUCUUUAGACGUUUUGGAAUUCAAGGUGCUGACUAGGGCUUUGUUAUCUGUGUGUAUUGUGAUGCUUUGGUUGGCAAAACAACCCCAUACAUGAAACGCAGCAACUAUUGGAUACAAUUCUUCCAAAGUAAUAACUACUAUAGUCCAUUCUUCGGGCAACUUUCCAAAGAACCAAUUCUUUUUGCAAGUCGCGUCGUACCCUAGUGAGCCUGAAAGCUUCAAAAAUGGCCCAACUUGCACGACACCCCAUUGGUAAGGUUAUAUUGUAAAAAAAUGCCCUUCCCAUUUGAAACCAAGCAGAUUAUGAUCUUCUAUGAGCUUGACCAAUUCGAGGAGUGGGCUGAACUGAACCAUAUGAAAUUAAACAAUGACAAAUGCUCAAAAAUGAAAGUGUCAUUUCUGAGACGACCAAUUCUUAGUCCACCUCUCACACUUUGUAAUAUACCAUUAAACGCUGUCAAUGUAACCAAAAUCUUGGGGCUCAAUAUCAAUGCUGACCUUAAGCGGGGAACCCAAGUUGCAGAGAUACGGAAGAAGGCUAAUGGGAGACUCUUCUUGCUCAAAACACUGAGACGUUUCAACCUACCACGUGCAGACCUAGUAACUAUUUUUACUGGCUUUGUGAGACGUCUAGCUGAAUAUGCUGCGCCUGUUUGCCAUUCAGGAAUAACUGCAGCUCAUAUGCUGCGCCUGUUUGCCAUUCAGGAAUAACUGCAGCUCAAAAUAUAGCUGUAAAAAUAUCCAAAAGAGGGCCUGUAAAAUUAUCAUGGGCAAAGAUUACACUCCAUAUGAAGAGGUGCUUGCAAUCCUCAACCUUGAAACCCUUGAGGACGAAGGAAGCAGCUGUGCCUGAGCUUCUUCAAAUCCUUGCUUUCCUCUGAGCAAUUCUGCAACUGGGUCCCACCACUUAGGAAAAAUAUUCACCACAGGAACUUGAGAAAAACUCAGAUGAAAUCUCACUACCAGUUUGCAAAACCAAACGGUACCAAAAUAGCCCGAUUAUGUAUAUGACCAGUUUGUGGAACAAAAACCAAUUUUUGAGCAAUAAUAAUAUUGUUCUAUAUUUUUACCACAUCUAGCCAUUAUGAUCACUGUUUAAUGUUGUAAAUACAAUUACAAUCAAUGGCCUGCUUUUAUCUGAUUGAUGUUCAGAUUUUAGUUGGUCUUUUGCUUGUUUUUCUUGAUUAUAACAUUUUCAAUUCUUGUCUGUUGUUUUGUUGUAUUGUCACACCAUUUUUGAAUAAAAGUAACCAAUUUCAAUGUG